AUGAUCAGGCAAGCAGUUCGGACGUCUUGUUCCCUUCCAUGGUAUGCCAUAGAAAUUGCUAAAACAGAACGAGGCAAACCUUAUCUAACAAAUGCAGAAGCUCAAUUGAAUUUCAACGUUUCCCAUCAAGGAGAUUUCGUUGUUCUCGCGAGUAGCGAAAAUGAAGAUAUUGGUGUUGAUGUGAUGAGGAUAGAUGAAUGUCGAGGCGAUACAGCUCUGGAGCAUAUUGAACGCAUGUCCAAAUUAUUUACUGCAGAAGAGCUGCGAAUGAUGCGAAGCGGCAUUACGGAAAAAGAGAAAUGGACAGCCUUCUAUCGCAUUUGGUGUUUGAAAGAGUCGGUCUUAAAGGCAACUGGUACAGGACUAGUGAACGAUUUACGUGCUCUUGAAUUUCAUACGACUGAGGAGAAACAUGCGCCAGGCUGCUUCAUCACAUCGACAACGUGGUCAGAGAAUGGCAUAAAACAGAACAAUUGGUUAUUUGAGGAAAGUUUUGUCAACGACAAUCAUUGCGUAGCCGUUGGAAGGUAUUUGACUAUCUUCUAUGUACUGUAA